GUCAACUGAUGUUGUCACGUACGCCUUUGUUUAUGCACCCAGUAGUGAACUAAUGUUUGAAGGACAAGGUUGUUACAAAGAAGCGCAGGCCUGGUUCACGUCUAGAAGGUGAUAAUGGCCAAUCCGCUGAGAGGUGAAGUAGUCAGAUUGUACAAGAAUCUGCUGUUUCUCGGACGGGAGUAUCCCAAAGGUGCCAACUACUUCAGAGAGCGUCUGAAGACUGCGUUCAUGAAGAACAAGGAUGAGACGGACCCUGAAAAGAUCAAAAAGCUGAUUGCCCGUGGGGAGUUUGUAAUAAAGGAGCUAGAGGCCCUGUAUUACCUGAGGAAAUACAGGGCUCUGAAGAAGCGAUACUAUGAGGACUAACGAAUCAUGAUGCACUGUGUCUACACUGUGUCCAUGGCCUCUCCUCCACAAUUUGGGUGCUACUAGUGUGGAGACAUGCCAUGAGCGACUGUCCUUAUCGAUACAACACUGUUUCUGCAUGUUCAAUGGUCAUUAUUAAAAGCAGAGGCUGGAUCGUGGCUUGCCCUCUCUGUGAUUUUCAGGAAAAGAAAUUGUUA